CAAAAACAAAACAAGUUCGAAACCCUACGAAGAGGACUCUCUCUGUCUCUCUGGUUGACGAACGAAGCCGAAGCAGAAGCAGAAGAGGAAGAAGGAGGAAGAAGGAGGAGGAGGCGAUCAUGGCGUUCACUUCUCGCCUCUUGUCCAAGUCUCGGCAGUUAUGUGGUACUCAGACGAUUUUACUGCGGGAGCAUGCUGUCCCUGUCCGUUUCUUUGCCAAAGAAGCUGCUCCUGCUGCCCUCAAGGGAGACGAGAUGUUGAAGAAUAUCUUUCUGGAGGUCAAGAAGAAGUUUGAGACCGCCAUAGGAAUUCUGAGGAAGGAAAAAAUUACCAUUGACCCUGAAGAUCCAGCUGCAGUGGCUCAGUACGCAAAGGUCAUGAAGACAGUAAGAGAGAAGGCAGACUUGUUCUCAGAGUCGCAAAGGAUCCAGUACACUAUUCAGACACGUACGCAGGACAUACCAGAUGCUCGUACAUAUCUUUUGACCUUGAAGGAGAUUCGAAUCAAGAGAGGUCUUACUGAUGACCUUGGCGCAGAGGUAAUGAUGAUGGAUGCAUUGGAGAAAGUUGAAAAAGAAAUUAAGAAGCCCCUUAUGAGAAACGACAAGAAAGGAAUGGCUCUUCUCAUGGCAGAGUUUGAUAAGGUCAAUAAGAAGCUUGGAAUUCGAAAGGAAGAUCUGCCAAAGUAUGAGGAGCAGUUGGAACUUAAAAUUGCCAAAGCACAAUUGGAGGAUUUGAAGAAAGAUGCUCUUGAAGCUAUGGAAACUCAGAAGAAGAGGGAAGAAUUUAAGGAUGAGGAAAUGGUUGAUGUGAAGUCCUUGGAUAUCAGAAACUUCAUCUGAGACAAGAUUCUGUUCAAAUGGUUGAUCAAUUGUUGAAAGAAUGGAGAAGGAAGUUAGUUUGACAAUGCUUUUGCUUCUCCUUGUUUUCUUCAAUAAAGUAAUUGAAUGGAAAAUGCUAUCCAGUGACUUGAGAGAUUAAAUGCUGUUUUUGAUCCUUCUAUCACAUACCGUGAUGUCACUGGGAGAGAGCAUUUCUUAUUUUGUGAAUGCACUUUUAGACUUGCUGGAGGUUUUCCCUCGAGUCUGGCUUGCACUGACGACUAUAUUUGUGCUGAGUUCAUAAAUAGUGGCUCCUUGAUAUGUCAUUGUUGGUCAUAUCGGGGUGCAUGUGCACCCAUUUUCUUUGAGUUACUGGAUCUUCGGAUCAUGUCGUAUGUGCGAAACAGAAAAUAAAUAAUAAUAAUUCAAGUGCUGAGAUGCACUGUGUUCUGCCUCA